UGACGCAGCGCGGGCGGGGCCGGCGGUAACGGAGGUACCGGAGAUGGCGUUGUCAGACUCGGUCAGUACUUGUCUUUCUCAGCCUGUGCAUUAUGCAAUUUGCAAACUUGGAUUUGAGAAGAAAGACACAUAUGAUAUUAACAAUAUUUUAUCUGGAAAUGGUGAAGUAUGUUGGCAGGCUGUUACAGAGCAUGUGCGUUACCUUGAAUCAGAUCAAAGUGUGGAUUAUAUCAAAAGUAUACGAUCGUUAGGACCUGUAUGUGAGUCUGUUAAUGUGCACUUCAAAUCUCUGACCAAGGAGCAAUUCAUAAUUCAGUAUGCAUCGUGGUUGCACUGGACAAACUGCACAGAGGUAUUUCUUGAAGUGUUUGAUGUUUUACAAUAUACACAAACUACAGAAGUUGCUCUUGGCUUAAUGAAACUAACAUCAUGCUUGGAGCGAGCCUUGGGUGAUGUAUAUUUACUUAAGGGUAAUGAUUGCCCUUUCCUUCUAAGAGACUUGCUCGCAUCUGAGCAGCUAGCAGUUAUCUUUGGACAAGCUGUAAUGAAUGUACUGAGGAUAUUCAUUGGAUCUCCAUAUGGUCUGAAUCUUCGUAAUGUUUUGUGGCAUGGGUUUGCAUCCCCACAAGAAAUUCCUACCAAAUAUUGUGCUAUGCUGCUUUUUUUAACUGCAGGGUUGGGUCAGUUGUUGCAGACUUAUCUUCUGCAAAAUAAAUGUAUUUUACUACAUCGACCUUAUGUGAUCUUCGUUAGCUUAGAGGAGCUUGAUGUAUUUCCAGAUCUUAAUAAUGAAACACUUUCCAUAGCUGAAGACCUUGUAAAACUGUCCAGUUUUGUAUUAAAAACAAUGUUACCAUUUUGGAUCGCUGCUUUAACAGCUUUCAAGCAAAGCAGGUAUGCUGACAGUGUGAUUCUCUUACUUCCUCAGCUGGAAGUUGGACUUAGAUUGCUCUUCACUACAACUAAUAAAUGUCCAAAUCGUUUGCUAACAGCUGAGUCUGCUGCUUUCUACACCACUUUCGAUGAGAUGCUAGCAAAGCAUUUGGAUAACAAUGAAGUCAACCAGCUACCUGUAGUUCUUGAAGAGCCUGCCAUGGAAUUUCUUUGGGAUUUCUUGAACCACCAGGAGGGUCCACGUGUAAGAGAUCGUUUAAGCCAUGGAGAAAUCAAUCUGGAAGCAUUUCCCAGAGAAGUAGCUAAUCAGAUAGUUGCAUUUGCAAUUACUCUUCUCUGCAGAUUCUCAGAUGAGAAUAUGUUUUCUCUUAAGGAACACACGGUCAUAAAACCACUGAUGAACUGUGCAAGUUGCUACCAAUCUCGAUUUCAUCCAAUUUCCCGUCUCAAGAAACAGGUGCUGGAAUGUAUGAAGAGCAUUCAUUUAUGGUCCGGAUUGCCAACAGUGUCUGAGGAACAAGUUCAAACAAUUAAAGGUUCAGAAGAAAACGCUGAAGCUAGUACUUUACUUUUGAUGAUAUCUGAAAUUACAUCUCAGUUGGUGCAAUAUAUGCCUCAGAACUGCUGUAGUUCAGAUGAUCCAAUCAAUAGUGUCCUAACAGAGAGGCUGUUGACUGAACUUUGUGAUACGCGUAUUUGCACGCUUUAUUCUCCUCGACCGGUUCUGGAAGUAGUGGUGAUACUCCGCAAAAUAAGCACGCAGUGCCAUCAAGUGUCCGAACAAGUUAUUGCCAGCGCUGAGGUGAGAUACACACAGUGGGUGAACAAGACUCUACGUUCUCGUCAGAGGCAUAACUAUCUACGGAUGUUGAACAGCAUUAAAUUUUUGUCUCCAGUGUUGCGACUCAUCUUAAUAUUGAUUACCAUGGAAGUAGUCAGUGUUCAUGCCGUUUGUAAGAAGAAUCCUUUUGAUUAUCAGCAGUAUCUAAAGAAGCAUCAAGACCAACUAGAGGUUUACCAAGGCAGGCACGGCACAAAUACAGUGAAACAUCUAUUAUGAUCACUUUUGGAGAAAUUGAACAUCUCUGAAAAAAGAAGUUUUGCAAACAUUUUAAUAAUUAGGUGGAUGUUCAUCACAUUUACCACACCACUACUUGCUGAGGACUUUUUGAAUUUACCAGAGGCUCAUCAGCUCCCCCUUUCCUUACUCAGUUUAAGAGAAUGAGUUCUUUGAAUUUAAAAAGUUACUUAUUCGAGCAAAUUAUUGUUUUACAAAACAUAAGUAUCCAGAUUAUCCCUUAUUAAUUGCUGUGAUAUCACGCAAAAAAAAUCUUAUCUCAAAAGUAGUAUGUACCUUUUGCACAAGAAUAAUAAUUGUCAAGAAAUGUGUUUAUUGAGAAAAUUGCACUAAGGUCUCAGUCUUAUUGCUGUGGUAAUGCUUUUUCAAUCUGUUGAAACUGAAAUGUGCUAUUCAUGUGCCACCCUGCAAAGAAGAUCUAGCUGAGCAUUGCUUGUUGGGUGGCCUUUGAAAACCUUGUUCACAGUAGCACUUUCAAACCAUGCUGAGAGAUUGCAGCUAAAAAGGAUUUUCAUUCACAUGAAUUGAUUUUUGUGCACUGUGAAAUCUUGUGUAGAAAUGUUGGAACAUCCCCAGAAGAGCUUGUUUUUGCUUUACAGUACAUGAGUGCAUCUGGUCCAUGUAUGGUGUAUCAACUUUUCUUCAUAAAUUAGUCUGCAGAUGCAGAGCAGAUUCCUGCUGGUGCAAACUAUUCCUGCCCCAUCUUCUUCAGUUCAGAUCCUUUACUUUGAAAGGAUCUUCUCUGUGCUCUUUGGGUUUCCCUUGACGAGCGUUGGUUUCUAUCUGUGCAUCUUGUAUGUUUUCAGCGAACUGGAAGAAAGAGCUAUGUAGUUCAGAUUAAAUUGCUAUAUAGCAAAGCCUAAUUAAUUUAGUGGCUUACUUUGUAGGGAAAUGGGGAUCAUAUGGGACUUCAGAGCUACAAACCAAAUUCUUAUUCUUUCAUGUUUUUGCGUUUGAGGAAGACCUUCACCUAAAAGUGAGUUUUCUUUUUGAGGCUUUUUUUGGGCAGUGCUAUAGGUUAGAACACUUGAUUUUUUACCUUUUCAAAAAUUUUCAAGGAUAAAUGGAGAUCUAUCAUUUAAGAAGUC